GAUGCCAAUUCGCAUUUCCCGUUGAACAUCUCCAGGCUCGGAAUGGAGUAGAGAAACUUUGGAUUCCUUCCGAGCAUUCGAAGCGCAGCCGUACGUUGGUGCUGUGCUUCGACGGCACGGGCGACCAGUUUGACUCUGAUAAUUUCAAUGUGGUCCAGCUCGUGUCUAUCCUCAAGAAGGAUGAUAUCUCAAAGCAACUUGUAUAUUAUCAGCCGGGUAUCGGAACAUACGCAGAUCCUAUUCUCAAGGCACCCGUAUUCGAAGCGGUGUCCAAAGCUCUCGAUGCGAUGCUUGCAACGAACCUUUCUAGCCACAUCAAAGCCGGAUACAGUUUCCUGAUGCAGAAUUAUACGUUGGGCGAUAAGAUCUGCAUAUUUGGAUUCUCGAGAGGAGCGUACACUGCACGAGCUCUUGCAGGCAUGCUCCAGAAGGUAGGUUUGCUCUCGCCUCAUAAUCACCAGCAGAUCCCCUUUGCAUACGAUAUGUACAAACGUGAAGAUCUUGAAGGAUUAGAACUCAGCGAGACAUUCAAACGUACUUUCUGUCGUGAUGUUGCUGUUGACUUCCUCGGAGUCUGGGAUACAGUGGCGUCUGUUGGCGCUAUCCCUCGUUACCUCCCCUUCAUAUCAGAGAACAAUGGGACUCGCUAUUUGAGCCUUCUCAGGGAAAUCAAGGCCACAACACGUUCCUGAUGGGUAUACAAGCUCUGUUGUCAUUCUUGAUCUAUCCAUUCCUUCGACUCUUCGCCAUUCUAAGCGUUGUCUCGUCCCACCCAGCCCGACACGUCCAUACCCAUUCCGUCAAACCGGAGAAGCGUCAAGUCUUACCGGCACGACACAAUGCGUCCUCAUACAACUUCCUCAAACAUACGCCUGCUGAGGCAAGGCAACACGAGGCAGAAGAAGAAAGGAAGGACGCGUUGAGUCCGCUCUAUGAUCAGUUGGAUGCUAGUUGGGCUUGGCACGUACUGGAGUGGAUUCCCCAGAGGGUGAAGAAACAAAAGGCGAUUGUAAAGGGGUGGGAGAAGGGUGGAUAUAAGUGGAUGUGGAACAAAGGUCAAGGUCGCAAGAUCUUCAAGGACGAAAUGGAUCAAGGAAUGAAAGUUCAUCGGUCUGUCAAGACAAGACUCGAAGCUGGGGAAGCCUUCGCAGAGGGGUUGUAUAUUCCUAAAGUAAGACCUAACUUACCUAGGAACGAUAGGAAACAGGAAGAUGGUGGGAAGAUUGCAGGGAAGAAGAUUGCAGGUAGGGAGCCCGUAAGGUUGAAACAUGAGGAGUGGAACGUGGAAGAGCCUGUUCAUUGGGAGUGGGUUGAUUGACUGAAACGUUCCUCGUGUCUCGAUAGUAUUAGAGGACAGACCAUAUUGUAACCAUGAGACGGGUUAAUUAGAAAGCCAUAAUGCGCCACAAUACAUUCCAAGAUUCCAGAGUU